AGGGAGUGUUACAAAAAUCCAGCGCCAAUAGUGGGUGUAAGAGAAGUGAUUUGUGAGCUGGGUCGGGAGCACAGCUUGUAGCUGGUGCUGUGUCAAGCAGGGAUAGGAGAUCAACUGGGACUGAGAGAAAGGAACAGCUCAAGUUCAGAAAGGAGUUUGUGAGAAACAGGCUUGCAAUGGCAUUAUUAGGCAGAGGUGUUUCUAAACAAAAAUUGUUUUGAGCUGAAUGAUUUGUUUAUUUCAGAAAACGAUCUUUUUUGAAUAAUUUAGUACAGACAGUUCACUGCGCAGCGCCAACCAAACGAACAUGUACUGCUGGGGAGAAGGGACGAGUGGGCAGCUUGGUCUGGACCUACAAGAGGAUGACAGUCUGGUUCUGCUGCCCGCAGAAGUUCACCCGCUACUCCGACAUGUUUCCCUGGUUGCGUGUGGAGAACAGCACACAUUAUUUCUCAAUGAAGAAGGCAACGUUUUAUCGUGUGGAAGUAAUCAUAGGGGACAACUGGGCAGACAAAGCAGCUUAGGCACGAAAACACCUGCCCCAGUCCAGGGUCCGACAGGAGUGGUGUCGGUGGCCUGCGGUCAGGAGCACAGCCUGGCGCUCUGCCAGUCGGGAGAGGUGUACUCCUGGGGCAGAGGGAGCGAGGGACAGCUGGGAACUGGCGCUUUUAAGAGUGGGGUUCUGAAGCCCAGAAUAAUUCAAAGUUUGGGGCAAAUUCAAAUCUUUCAAGUUGCUUGUGGAAACCAUCAUACUUUGGCUCUUUCAAGAGGUGGGGCAGUUUUCUCCUGGGGGCAGAACUCCCUUGGCCAGCUGGGUCUUGGAAAGGGGACUCCCUCGCAGCCCGUUCCCACUCAGGUCCUCUCACUGUCAGGAGUGCCAGUGUCCCAGAUCGCUGCAGGGGGGGCUCACAGCUUCGCUCUCUCCCUCUCGGGGGCUGUGUACUGCUGGGGGGCCAACAAUGCUGGACAGCUGGGGAUCAACAGAGUUGAUGAAAAAGGCAGGUUUUCUCCAUGCCCUGCGGUUGCCCUCAAACUAAUUGGGGUGUCCUAUAUAUCCUGUGGUGAUGCCCACACUGCCGUGCUUUCUAAGGAUGGUGGUGUUUAUACCUUUGGAGAUGGACGUCAUGGCCAGUUGGGGCACAACUCUACAACCAAUGAGCUCAAACCAAGGAGGGUGGAGCAGAUCACUGAGCAGGCAUCUCAAGUAGCAUGUGGCAGCCAUCACACUCUUGUUUAUCUGUCAUCCCCCGGGCUCCUCCUGGCCUUUGGCAGCGGAAGUAAGGGACAGUUAGGAAACAACAGCACAGCCAGUCACCUGCAGCCCACCCCAGUACAGCAGCCCUGGAGCUCUAAGCUGACAGGUUCUGCACAAGAAGGUCAUUUGAAUCCAAAAGAAAUAGCAGUAUUCACAGGGAAAAAUACAAAUUUUAUUCAGAUUCAACCUUCUGAGUGUCCAGUGACAAAAGGAGAACUCCUGAAAAUUGAUCAAGAGCGAAUUAAAAAAUGGCUGACAGUGGAAUUUGGAAGCAAACAAUGGAAGGAAGCUAAAAGUGAGAUUGCAGAAAUAUGUUCAUCUGCUUCCUGUCUGAUUGCAAGUUUUUUAAAGAAAUGGGAUGAUUCGCCCUCAGAAAAAAGAAUGCAUUUCUUUGGUGUUGAUAUUGAAUCUGCUAGAGGAACAUUUCGACAGCUUCAGAAAAAACAUUGGAUAAUUAAUCAGAUUACCACAUCCUUCAUGGAUAAACUUAUUCCAAGCCUCCAGUCUCCUUCUCCUAAUGUGGAGGCAUUGGAGAUCUUUUUGAUUCUACCAGAGGUCUCGGUGUUUCAUGAGGAAAAGCACAUCCGUGACUUGAUUCUCCCCCUGUCAAGUGCCAUGGCUAAUCUGAAUGACACGUCGAUAAAGAUCCUGAGAAACUGGUGGUCGACACUGCAGGCAACUCACUUGAACAAGAUCCUCCAAAUGUUCAAAUACGCUCUUUCCUGUAUGUUAAAGUCAGCCAUGCGCACACAUGAGGAUCACCAACUGUUGAAGAAGGUGCUCCACAACAUGAAACAGCUGUUCAAAGCAAAUAAAGGGGCCAAAUUCCGUCUGCCAGUGAGCGCUUUUUAUAUUGAUGAAGUGGUGCCAUUUGUCCCAGUUGUGGUUGACAUGGUGAACUGGCGGUUCUAUGCAAAACUGGAUAUGGAUGACAUCUGUCCUGUUAUAUUUUGCCGGUUCCCCUUCGCACUGACUUUACUCGCUAAGGUUCAGAUGCUGCAUGUUGAUACCCGCCUGAAAAGUCUUGGGAAUAUCGACUACUCCAAUACAGCAGUCGUUACAGAAGUAAUACAGAGGGCUCCAUUGCUUCCUCCUUUGCCUGUGUUCAGGCUCCAGGUGAGACGCACACAGCUGACCGCUGAUGCCUUUAGAAAACUCCACAUGGCAGAGGAUGCGACCUUCAGGGAGCAGCUAAUGGUGGAGUUCCAAGAAAAGCAGUGCCAGGAUCAAAGAGGAAUACAAAGAGAAUUCUUCUGCCGAGUCAUCAGUGAAAUCAUUGAACCUGAAUCUGGCAUGUUUUGGUACAAUGAGUCAUCGACAGUAAUUUGGUUUCCUACCAAGGCAUCAGUGGAGAAGAAGAAAUACUAUCUGUUCGGGAUUCUCUGUGGACUUGCUGUGUACAACUACAACACUGUGCACCUCCCAUUCCCUCUGGCUUUGUUCAAGAAGCUGGUUGAUGUGAAGCCAACUCUGGAGGACCUGAAGGAGCUGGAGCCCAGGGUGGGAGAGAGUUUACAAGAUCUGUUGGACUACAGUGGCGAUGAUAUUGAAGAAAGACUGGCGUUGAGCUUUUCUGUGUGCUGGGAUAACAAAGACGUGGACCUGAUUCCUGAUGGAAAGAGCAAACCGGUGAAUAAAUCCAACAGGAAAGAAUUUGUCAGUGCCUAUGUGGACUAUGUGUUCAACAAGGCUGUGAACGGUCUUUUUGAUGAAUUCAGAAGAGGGUUUUGCAAAGUCUGUGAUGCGGAGUUGCUCAGCUUCUUCCAGCCACAGGAGCUAAUGGAAGCCAUGACUGGGACUACAGACUAUGACUGGAAUAAAUUCAAACGGAAUGCACUUUAUAAAGGAAGUUACCAUGCUGAUCAUCCUACAGUUAUCAUAUUCUGGAAAGUGUUUCUUGAUCUGACCCUGGAUCAGAAAAAAGACUUCCUCAUGUUUCUGACAGGCAGCGAUCGCAUACCUGUGUUAGGAAUUGAAUAUGUAAAAGUGACAAUCGUUCCUUUGCCUUCAUCUACGGAAGACCACUAUCCCGAAGCCAAUGUGUGCUUCCUGCACCUGCUUCUUCCUGAUUACACCACAGAGAAGAGGCUGAGGGAAAGGCUUCUGCAAGCUUUCUCACAUAGCAGGGGAUCCUGGAAGGUCUAACUAAUCCUUCGCUAUAGCAUCUCCAUGUCCUCUCAUGAUGAUAAGCAUUUCAACAUUUAAACCUAGCUUUUUUCUGUAGAUGUUCUCUCAUGUACUUAAGUGGGAUUUUCAGCAAAUUAUUACAUUUUGCACCUUUUCAAUAAACACAAACCUAUUGCUUAUGAUGCAUAUAGCAAUGUUAUGUUUAGUUAGACAGCCCACUUUUCUGCUGAAGAGUAUUUAAUAGCCAGUGUAGACCCUGAGCUGCCAUUUCAUAUACACAAAAAAUAUUUUGACAUGUGAAAUUAAUAGAAUACUUGUAGCUUAAUAGGUAAGAUAUUGUAGUAAAUAAUUUUCUCUUGUUGGUGGGUGCCUUCUGUGUUUGCUGGGAUUGCUAUGUGGGCCCUUAACUGAUUUUCAUCUUUGCAGCAAUGUUACUUGCAUUUUGUUCUUCUAACUUCCAAUACUGUAAACAUAUAUACAACUUUCCUUGCAACAUAUGUUCAAACAAUGAUCAAUAGAUGAAGCUGGGAUCUUAAUAAAAGUGUUUUUCCAUUCAA